AUGCCUAACAUCUCACUUUCAAGCCUGACAGCGGCGACGCUACCUGACGACAUCCUCUGUGAAUUGUUCGAACACGUCGCCGCGAUAGACCCAGCUGGUUGGAACAAGAAUAACGACAAGGGUCGCGGCAAGACUGUUCUCGGUUGGAUCGUCGUCACCCACGUAUGCCAUCGCUGGCGCAGUACAUGCCUUGGGAUGUCUUACCUUUGGGCACACAUCGCCUCGUCGUUCCACGACCCGUCUAUCGCAGAUGUGAUACUUUCACGCGCAGGCGAUGCCCCUCUGACCAUCGGCGUCGGAGACCCUUCUUAUGAGGAAGACCCCAUCCGACUCCCGAUCAGCUGGGGAGUACGCCGGCUGGACAGGGCGCACACCUUCAUCUGCAAUGCGUUGUGGCCACCAUUGCCCGAUGAUGAUCCACAAGAUACGAUGCCCCUCACUUAUUCAUAUCCUGCUCUACAGCGUGUGCAGUUCCGGGUGUUUAGGCGGGAGAUAUACGACGACUGGAAUGCUCCUACUGUGAAGAUACUAGAACCUCUCAUCAUCGAGCUUUCAACCCCGACGCUCGUCUCCGCCGGCUUUGAGGAUGCUCUCCCCUCCUUCUUAUCUAGCCCGAGCGCGCUACGCAAGCUGAAGCUCGCACUGGACCACAUGCACUCUGUCAGCACCGCUGAUAUAUUGAGUAUUCUGCGGAUGGCGACUCACCUGGAAGAAUUGGUCCUGAACCUUUACGGACUCGAUACCAGGCCCGCAAAGGACCUCGUCGUUGUGCUACUCCCGCGAUUGCAUGUCUUCAACCUCCACUGUCGUGGUUUGAAACAGGCUCGACGCUUUCUUGACCUUAUCUCUGCCCCGAAUGCUACCGAAGUUAUGGUAGAUAUCCACGACAACCGUGGUUUCAGCAAACCAGUGGCGAACGAACUAUCGGCGUUUGUGGCAGCACGACAUCGCGUCACGCCAUAUACAGAGUUGUUCCUCAAUCCCUCGUCAGAUGAACCUCUGAUAGUUUCUGGCACAUCACUGCCAGACGCGCGCCACGAGUUGAAGUUCUCUUGCGACGAUGAUGUGCGCAUGAGUAUUCUGCUGGCAAUGCUUCCACGGCAUCUUGACUUGGCCCAGUUCACAACUUUGCAUAUGGGUUGUGCAGACAAUUUCGGCACGAGUCCGGGCGGAGCGCUCGAUAGGUUCUUGGGCGCAUGCACCAACGUCGACUUCCUCGAUCUUUUCCAUGAAGAACAUGAGGAGACAUUGGCUUUGCUAGCUCGUGUCACUCGCGCAUCGAAGCCAGCAAUGUUACCAGCCCUGAAUAUCCUGCGACUGGAACCGCUAGAACUGACUGGACGCGAGCUGCACAAGUGGUGGGACGCUGUUCAGGAUACAUUGGAGAAGCGCAGGCGAAAAGUCGGGCACGCGGUCCAACGGCUCGUUCUUAUGGGCAAACAGCGCUCGAAUCAGUCAGUGGUUACGGACUGGAUGGCGCGAGUCGAAGAGUGUCGCUCUCGAGGACUCGCGUCAGAAGUGGUGGACGAGAGGCAGUGGACGCUGGAGAGCGACUGA